AAAACCAAGAAUAAAUCAUUUCUUGUUCGUGGUGCCAUUAAACACGCAGCAAAAAGCAAGUGCAAGUUACAGUUAUCCUGUGAUCGGAGGGUAACCAAAGCAAGAAAACAAAGCAAACCCACUCUCUAUUCACACACAGCACACACUGGGCUCGCUCAGUUUAUCUCAUACUCAGCCGGAAACAUUAGAAUCCAGAAGAUGAUGAACUUUGGAAAAAUGGGAAUCCAUUACUUGAAGAAGCUGAACGCCGCUAAUGUUCCCAAGGCACUGAUAGAGAACGGCCAAAAUCGUGUUAUCGAGGCAUCUCUGACUCUUAUCCGUGAAAGAGCAAAGCUCAAGGGGGAACUGUUACGAGCUUUGGGUGGUGUAAAGGCAUCGUCAUCUCUACUUGGAGUUCCUUUAGGACACAAUUCUUCAUUUCUCCAAGGGCCCGCAUUUGCGCCUCCUCGUAUAAGAGAGGCCAUUUGGUGUGGGAGCACAAAUUCCUCAACUGAACAAGGUAAAGAUCUUAACGAUCCACGUGUCCUAACGGAUGUUGGUGAUGUGCCCGUUCAAGAAUUACGAGACUGUGGUGUAGAUGAUGAUAGACUUAUGGGCAUCAUAUCCGAAUCAGUGAAGUUAGUCAUGGAACAAGAUCCAUUGCGGCCUUUGGUUCUAGGGGGCGACCACUCGAUUUCCUUUCCUGUGGUGAGAGCUGUCUCUGAAAAACUCGGUGGGCCCCUUGAUAUUCUUCAUCUCGAUGCUCAUCCAGACAUUUAUGAUGCAUUUGAAGGGAACAAAUACUCUCAUGCAUCCUCGUUUGCUAGGAUAAUGGAAGGAGGUUAUGCUCGUCGAUUGUUGCAGGUAGGAAUCAGAUCAAUAACAGAUGAAGGCCGUGAGCAAGGAAAACGGUUCGGUGUCGAGCAAUAUGAAAUGCGCACGUUUUCAAGGGAUCGCCAAAUGUUAGAGAACUUGAAACUCGGUGAAGGUGUAAAAGGGGUAUACAUAUCGGUGGAUCUUGAUAGCCUUGACCCGGCAUUUGCUCCAGGAGUGUCCCACAUCGAGCCAGGUGGCCUCUCGUUUCGAGACAUUCUUAACAUACUCCAAAACCUCAAAGGAGAUGUUGUGGCUGGUGAUGUUGUCGAGUUUAAUCCACAACGAGACACAGUUGACGGGAUGACUGCAAUGGUUGCUGCCAAACUCGUACGAGAACUCACUGCCAUGAUAUCAAAGUGAAAAAAUCUCGACCAGGGCUCUCGAGUAUUUUGUUUUUUGGUUCAUGAAAUUUCACUUAAAUCCUCCGAAACAUUGAGACACUUCGCCAUUUCGAGCAUUUCAGAUUGCGUUUCAUCUUAUUUUUGCUUUGGUUUUCAUUGUUUUCGGCUUGAAAUGUUGAACGUGAAUAAAGUUGAUCGGUUUUUCAUCGAGUUUGAGACUAUCGAUCGCCUUACGGGAGAUUUAUGCUCAUAAUGUGUUUCUGGGUUUUUUGCUGAAUGAUUAGUUGGGUACAUAAAUUUGGAAAUUUUCAUCAUUCAAGUAUUCAACCAAGUGAUCUGAAAUCAACAUUAGCAUGUCAUUUGAGUUAAACUUUCAAAGGUUCUUCUCAAGAUUGAUGCUUCUUUUCAGUUUUCAGUUUUCUCUUCCUUCCCUUNGAUCAA